AUGUUUGCCAAGCGCCGCGCAAAGAAGGAGGGCUCCUCCAAGAUGAAGGGCGAUCUUGAGAUUCGUCCAUAUCGCCGCGCAACCAAAGAGAGCCGGAAGAAGAAAGAGCGCGCAGCGUUUGAGGCAAGGUUGAAGAAGCUGGCAUCAGGCUACGUCAGUGAAAAGACACUGCAUGACUUCUCGAUCAGCCGAACGCUUGGCACAGGCUCGUUUGGCCGCGUGUUGUUGGCGCAGUCGAAGGACAAGAGCGGCAACGUCGUGCGUGACGACUACAAGGCCGUCAAAAUCAUCAACAAGGACCGCGUCAUCAAGACCAGACAGGUUGAACACACGAUCAACGAGAAGAACAUUCUCUUCUGCAUCGACUGCCGAUUCGUUGUUACCCUCUACGACUACUUCCAAGACGUCAAGUGCCUGUACUUUGUGCUUGAGUUUGUCAACGGUGGUGAGAUGUUUACGCACAUCCAAAAGCAGCGCAAACGUCGUUUCUCUGAGGAGCAGACGCGCUUCUUUGCUGCUGAGACGGUGCUGGCGUUUGAGUAUCUGCACAACCUGGACGUCAUUUUCCGCGACCUCAAGCCCGAGAACAUGCUCAUUGACCACCGCGGCCACAUCCGCGUCACAGACUUUGGCUUUGCGAAGCGCGUGGAGGACAAGACCUGGACCAUGUGCGGCACGCCCGAGUACCUCGCACCAGAGAUUAUCGUCAACAAAGGCUACAGCCACGCCGUGGACUGGUGGGCCGUCGGUGUGCUGACAUACGAGAUGCGUUGCGGCCGCUCCCCAUUUGAGUCUCGCUCCCAGAUGGAAAUGUUCAAGAGGAUCACAAAGCGCGACUUCAAGUUUCCCAGCGGGUUCACAGACAACGAGAAGUCCUUCAUCAACGGCCUGCUCCAGGUUGACCUGACGCGCCGCCUGGGGAACAUGCACGCUGGUGUCGACGACAUCAAGGGCCACCCUUACUUUGCCAAGAUCGACUGGGACUCGCUCUACUCCCAAACCGCCAUCUCCCCCUACAUUCCAAAGGUGACCGGCCCUGGAGACUGCAGGAACUUUGACACGUACCCGGAGGAGCCUGUGCGCUGGCACGGCCAGGGCACAGACAAGUUUGGCGACACUUUCGUUGGCUUCUGA